GGGGGGGCCCUGGAAGGAGAGAAGUGCCCUGAGUGGGAGCACAUCUGUCGGGGAACAGAAACCGGCCACAAUGCGAACGUUAAAUUGGAAGUACAUUCUCUUGUGUGAAAUACCAGAACAACUCAUAGAAUGCUCUGAUACAAACUCACUUUGUGUGCUGUGUUUUUCUUACACCGUGGCAAGAUUUUGGCAGCUGUAAGCCAUGUUCCUGGAGAGUUUCACGCCCAAGUGCAGCUGUCUGUACGUGCAGGAUGAAGUUCUGGUUUUCUGUGAUGUCUCUCACAAGGUGCUUGUCAUGCACCUGGUAUCAGAUCGCUCCAUACUGAAGGUUGAUAUUCCACAAUUAGCUUGCUGUUGCAGACGUCUGUCUUUAGAAGUCUUACAAGGGUGUGAAACUACUGGUUUGCAUUGCAAGUGACAAAAAUAAUUUGCAUGCCUCUGGUAUUUCAAGACAAAAGAUCAAAGAGAAGUUCUGGGGGAAUGUCAAGUGAGAGGGAUCAAGGGGAGAAGUUAAUAAAGACUCAAAAUCAGAAGGCAUAGGGUAGAUCCUUAGAGAGGUUUGAGCAAGUCAGUUCUGUAAUACAUCCUAAAGCUGAGCCUUUUGUGCAGAUAGGGAGAUUUCUAGAGGGGUUUAUACUGAUGUGGAUUCCUUGGCUUACCAGUUUAAGGGUGCUCUAAGAGUUCUUUUGAUCUGCCAGUGUCACUCUGAUGUAAGAAAGCUGAUGCCUGAUGUGUCUGUGUAUACACGGUGAUGUGCUAUUUGCAGACCUUCUGACUUCUGUGUGCACAAAUAUUUAGGAAAAACAAAGAUUGUCUAAAUUACCAUUGUUGACUUAAGAUUUUCCUUCCCAUUGGACAUAUUUAUGAGUGUGUGUAGGAGGUGGUGAAAAAUCCUGCAUGAAAAAAUUACUUAAUAUAAAUAUUGCUGUAAACAGAAGAAUACAUUUUUCUUAAGUUGUUAGUGCCAUAUUCCAGUCUCUUCGAAGUGUUGUUCUGCUUUCUUUCUGAUUUGACUGUUCAAGUUGAGUUAGUGUAGAAUCAUUAGACUAGUUAAUGGGUAGCUAAACCCUUCCACUAAAAGAAAAUGAGGGAGUAGGCAUUAAUAAAACACACAAAUGUAACUCUAAAAUAUUUUUAUCAGAGACUCUACAAGUGAAUGAGAACUUCUUUCUACGGAACUGAGGUGAAGAGCUUCACUAUGGGUCAACAGAUUUCAAACCACACACAAACUGUAAUUAACAAGUUGCCAGAAAAAGUAGCAAAGCAUGCCUCUUUGGUUCAAGAGAGUGGUUUCCUAACCUAUGAAGAGUUUCUGGGAAGAGUAGCUGAACUUAACGAUGUUACUGCAAAAUUGGCUUCUGGACAAGACAAACAUUUGUUAUUUGAAGUGCAGCCUGGUUCUGAUUCUUCUGCUUUCUGGAAGGUGGUCGUUCGGAUAAUAUGUACUAAAAUAAAUAAAACAAGUGGCAUCGUGGAAACUUCCAGAAUCUUGAACUUGUAUCAGUUCAUUCAACUUUAUAAAGACAUCACCGGUCAAGCAGCAGGAGUUCUUGCACAGAGUGGUACUUCUGAAGAAGGUGCUGAGAAUUUGACGACUGUGUCAUCCUGUCAGGCCAGCCUGUGGAUGGGAAGGGUUAAGCAGUUGACAGAUGAAGAGGAAUGUUGCAUCUGCAUGGAUGGCCGUGCUGAUUUAAUCUUGCCGUGUGCUCACAGUUUCUGCCAGAAAUGCAUUGAUAAAUGGAGUGACCGUCACAGAAGCUGUCCUGUCUGCCGUCGGCAAGUGAGUGGGGCAGGUGACUCUUGGGUGGUCUCAGAUGCACCCACAGAAGAUGAUAUCGCCACUUACAUACUUAACAUGGUAGAUGAGGUGGGCCAGCCUCACAGACCCUGAUACUGGCCAACAAGCUGGUAACAGAGAAGCACUUGAAGCUUUCGUUUUCACAAACGUCUGUUUUUACCUCUCGUUGCCAUUCUUCCAGUCUUUUACUUCUCGGCUGCUGUGAAUCUAUGCUGCUUUUUUAAAACACAGGUUGUAUGAGCCAGUGUAAGUCUGUGCAGUCUUAAUUAUUAAUCUGUAUUUUCAGUAAACUCUUAGAUCAUUAACAAAGUUUAUUUUAACAACUUUUGAUAUUAAUUAACAGUUCAACUACUAGAUGAAACAAUUUAUAACAGCACAACUACAACUGCUAACUGCUGUUGGCACAUCCCAGUGUACUGCUAGAGGUGAUGAACCAUGUCUGAUGGCCUGACUUCACAGUUCUUACCCCUAAAAGCACUCCCUUUUAGUUACUUGACAGAUGUGAAUAAAGAUGAUGCGUUAGCACUAGUGGUUAUUAAUUUGAAAUUUUACUUCCUGAAACUUGAAGAUAUCCCACUGCCUGUUCUUCAGUAGCCAGUUAUUGCUGCUUUUAGUGUUCAUAGGUACUGAUUUCAAUCUGAUCUGUUACAAAUUUUAGUAUUAAGUAUUUUAAAUCUGUUUUGGAGAGUGUAGGCAGCUCUGUAAGUGUACUUGUGCACUUCCCUUUAUUCUUCUAACAAGAUUUUAUCACAGUCUUACUAGCUUGGAGACAUUUAACAGUUUCAUACACAAUACUAAAAAAAAAAAUAUGGUUUAUAGUUUCUUGAUCAAGAACAGCCAGAAUAAUUUUUAAACAUGAGGCAUACCUGAAGGAAGUUACUUUAUUUGAAUUAGCAGUUAAGGUGUAGUUUAGUCUGAUGCUGUGGUUUUAUCUGCUUCUCUGGAGUUUUUGAAGUGAUGAAAUCAGAGACUAAGAGUUAUAAGCUGAUAAUCUAAGUAAGGGUGCUGUGGUUUAUACCUACAAGUGCAAUAUGCUUUUAUGUAGCAGGGAGAACUACUUUAAUAAUAAUGUUGCUUGCAGUGAGAUGAGCAUGUGACAACUUGGGAAAAGGGAUAUUGUAACUGGAGUGCAGUGUCUUUCUGUGCCUAGCAGAGUAAAAUUUUUGAAGAGCUGGCUUUAGACAGACUAAAAAAAUCAUUAGGAAACCCGUCUUAAUCCCCUUUUGCAUAAAGAGUGUUAUGGAAAUCAACUGCUAUUGUAGAGAAUUAAUUAAUGAUUUAAAAAAAUGUAUAUAUUAACAAAUACUACUCUUUUAACAUGAGGCUGUUGAGUGAGAAACGCUCAAGUGUAGCAUUUGAGGGGGUAUCAGCAUAAAUCUUGCUUACUCUAAGAGUGCAUUUUUAAUUACUGUACUUGGUAAAAUUUGCUGAUGCCAUAAGGCCUUUUAUCACAGACAGGUUCUGAACUAAAAGGCCUGCACACAUCUAGGUACACACAUUUCAGUUUUUCUUGAUUGCCUUCAAAAGAUUUUAAUUAUGUUGGGGACCGGAUCUUGGGAAUUUCUCUAUUAUCCUUCUCUUUGGUGAGGAAUCUGCACAGCAUAUGGCACCCACGUGAGCUUGGCGUGUAGCACAGUUGUCAGAUUUAUCGCAGACAUUAAGACAGAUAAGCAACGUACCCUUCUUGUGGGUAUCAUCUGAAAGCCAAUAUGGCUUAGUGUAUAAAUCUGUAAUUUAACUAGUGAAAAAUCCAUUAUGAAUGUAUAUAGCUUAGAACUGAUUUUUUUCCCUUUGUUAAUCCUUUGAUAUCAAUGAGAUACUAUACAGAAAAUGUAUGGACUGUUUGGUUGCAUAUAGUUGUUAUUUGGGCUGAAAAUUAUUAAUGGUCAGGGGUUUUCCACUAAAAUGUUUGCAGAUAUUCCUAAUCACAUACCAGUUUGGGUUUUUUUUGCUUUUUCAGCUUGCAUUAGUCCAUGUUCAGAACUUUAAAAUAACCUUUGAAUUUCUUAAACUUUUUGUAUCACUGGAACAGAAAGAGCAUCUAAAUUAAAGCUUCAAGCUAACUUUAUUUUUCAAGUGUUUCAAGAAUGAUGCUUCUGAACUGAGAUUUUCUAAGUUGCCUUUCUGCUGAGAACUUAAAUGAAUUUCUUAAAAUGUAAUUUUGUAAUUUGCAAACAGGUUGUUAAUUGCAGCACAAUGACACUUGCAAUUACAAUAUAAACUAAUGCAAAAAUUUAGUGAAAAAGUAAACUUUGUAUUCUGUACAGCUUUUUUUAAUUAAGUUGCUGUAAUUCAUACUGCUGUGAUAUAGGUACUGUAAUGUGUGCCUUGUAAAAUACAUGUACUGGGUGUUAUAUGGGAUAAUAGGUACACUAACACUGAAAAACUAGUGAUUUGGUACUGGUUGGUACUACCUAGGCUGAAGUGCUACAUUUAGCAAAACAUUUUGGAAAAGGAAUCCCAUUGGCAGGGACAGGGCAAUGGGUCCAGAAGCUAGACCUUGAACAUGUGAAUUACUGUGAAUAGUUGUUGGCAGGGGGCAUUAGAAGAACUAAACUUUGUGUUCGGUGAAGAUUUCUUACAGGUUUAAUGUGAAGUUGUGACUUAAACCUUAUAGAUUGUAUUAAUAGCUAAGGACAUUCCAGCAUAUUAAACUUUGUGUAUGAAUUGUGCAAUAAAGUUACUUUGGAAGAAA